AUGAUUAAUAGUGGGGACAACGAGGGAGCUUCCUCUUUAAUCAGUGGCCAUAUUGAUGGAGAUGAACAAACGAGCUCAAUGGAGCGGGAUUGUGAUUCGCUGAAUCAUGAUGGUGAUGGAACUCAAUCGGUUAGGGUCGCUGCUGACAUGGACGAAUUUCCGGUAAAAUCAUUGCCGUAUUGUGCGUUGCGUGGUGGUAAAAUUUUUUAUUUGGCCAUUUGGGAACAUUCCAUCAUUCCUGGUGAUCGGAUUAUUAAUCCAAAAGACCUCGAAGGUGCGAAAAUGUUGCCUUGGGAUCAAUUAGUUAGACUAGCUGGCGGAGAGGAUAAAUUAAUUGAGGUCCAGGAGAAAGAAGCCGUUGUCAAUAAACAGGAACAUUGUUUUUUAUAUGAAUGUGCGUAUUGUGGAAUUUCUUGGCCGAAGCUGACACAAUUAAUUUAUCAUGUAAUCGGCCGAAAAAGAGAUAAAAAUCAACGGUAUCUAAAAAUAACUUGCGAGGAACGAGUCGUCGUUGACGGACUCGAAUCAACAUCGAGAGUUCCUCCUAGUGCUGCACCUACCGUUUUUCCAUGGGGGAAAGUGGUUUGUACCAACCCUGAUUUGUUUAUUGAGAUAACUGACCCAACAACUGGCGAGGUAACAGGACAUGAUUUUGAACUCCCCGAAGAUCAGCAAACUGCUUGGGACAAGGUCAUGGUUGAUCGACGAGUGACGCAAGCAGGGUCGUAG